AUGGCGGAGCCUGGCAAAGAAACUGCUGCUACACCCCCUCCACUGCCUCAAGAAACGGUUCUCCAAGCCCCGGACACCGUGGCGGAGCCCAGCUUGGAAGCUGACACGCCGAUUUCAGCCUCACAAGACACCGAAACCGCCGGCGGCGGUCCUGCCGCACUCGACUCCGCUCUGCCUAAAGCAGAGUCGGCUGCGGCUGCGGUUGGCGCGCCGGAGCAAACCACGACGGAGGCAGACGGUCAGCCACCUGUGGCAACCAUGCCACAGAAAGUUGCCGCAUUACCUCCGCCAGCUGAGACACCGGCGCAAGAGAGUGCGGCGCCGGCCGCACCUACGCCGCCGCCGCCACCGCAGAAGCAAGAAGGCGGCGUUCCGAAACUAGCCUCCUCGGUGCACGAGGAGGAGAAGGACGCGCCAAAGGCAAGGGAGGAGAAAGGAGAAGAGAAGCCCGCGCGUCGUCGGUGGCGAUGCCUCCGCGCCGCCGUGUGCUUGCUCUUCCUCCGCCCCAAAAGCGGAGAGACGAAGCCGGCGACACCGCCGGGCGACAAGGAGGCGGUGUCAGGGCUGGAGGAGAAGAAGCCGAUGCCAGGGGAGAUGCCGCCGCCGCCCCAGAAGGACAGCGGCAGCGCUGUCCGUGUUCCAUCCAAGCCUGAAGCGGGGAAGGGCGAAGGCGAGACGAAGCCGGCGGCGCUGGACGGCAAGCGGCCGGAGCCAGGGCAGGAGCAAGUGGCCACAUUGCCUCCGCCAGCUGAGACAUCGUCACAGGAGACGACGGCGACGGCGGCUGAGGCUGAGGCUGAGAAGCAACUCGCUGCACCAGCACCACAGCAGCCACCGCGGAAGCAAGAAGGCGGCGCUCCGGAACAAGCCCCCUCGGUCCAGGAGGAGAAGGACGCCGCACCGGCAGCGGCAGCGGCAAGGCCGCAGGAGGGAGAAGAGAAGCCAGCGCGUCGUCGGUGGCGAUGGCUCCAGGCUGCCGUGAGCUUGCUAUUCCUCCGCCCCACAGGCGGAGAGACGAAGCAGCCGACGCCGGGGGGGAUGCCGCUCCCGGUGGAUAGCGCUGGCAAGGCUGCAGUGGAGAAGGGCGAAGCCGAGAUGAAGCCGUCGGCGCAGGAUGGCAAGAAGCUGGCGUCGGGGCAGGAAGAGCAGAAGCCAGCGGCGAAGAAGAAGCCGAGCCGGAAGUACAGCGCUGGCGCUGCAAGGAAGGAGAAAGACCAAGGCGAAGAGAGCAAGUGCCGCCGUGAUGAAACCCAAGCGGGGAAGACAACACCACAGCUCGAAGGGGAGCACCCUUCGCUGAAGAAGUUUCGGAAGGCGGGCAGGCUGGUUCAGUUCGUCAUGUCCUUGUACAGCAGGCACCGGUCCAAGGACAAGAAGCCGGCACCGGCUUCCGGUACGGGUGGGGAGGAAGACAGCGAGGCCAAGGUAGCGUCGGCGCUGGAGGAGAAGCAGCAGCCGGCCUCAGGGCUGGAGCAGAAGCAGCAGCAUCCGAAUUGGCCGCGAGAGGAAGUGCGCCUGGAGCACAUCCUCGAGGAAGCUUUCACAAGGCUUCUUGCGACGGAGUACAACAAGGAGCUGAGCGGCGUGAGGCAGAAGUGCCUCCUCACCUUCUCCGUCUUCGAGCUCGCCUCCGAGGUGAAGAAGCAGGCCAUGAUCUAUUGGUGGGUGGCGGAGUUCAACCUGCGGCACCGGAGGGAUCCAGCGCGGGCUCCUGCUGCUGCCGGUGGCGGCAGAAAAAAUGACUCGCCGACGGCGCCGCAGGGUAAAGGCGGGGACGCUGACAGAAGGGAUGAUGACGCCGAAGGCAUCUUCUUCAUGCUUUCUGAUCAUGGCUUCCUGGUGCCGAUAAAGAACUGGUGCAGCAAGGUGAUCCAUGGCUGCCAGGUGAACCCCCUGGUGCACUGGAUGCUGAAGCGCCAGGCGAGGGGUGGUCGCUUCGCCGAGCUGGACGGCAAGGGCAGCCCCGCGGACCUGCAACUCAACUCCAGCAUCCUUUGCCUGACAGCAGGCAAUCGGCCUGUGCUGCAGAAGAUGCGCAUGGAAGAUGAGUCGCAGUCACAGCCACAGCCACAGCCACAGCAGCAGGCACAGGCCAGGAAGAAAGAUGAGUCACAGGCCGGGAGAAAAAGCAAGAAGGUAACAAAGGAGCCUCCCCUGCAGGACAAGGGCAGCCGUGUCCAGGACCAGCAGCAACCGACGGCGAAAGAUGGGGCGCAGGUCGGGAGCAGCAAAUCCAUGGCAGCAGCAGAUAAGGCACCUUCCCACAAGGACGAGGAAGACUCGACCCAAGCUAAGGACCAGCCAACCAAGGGAGCACAAAACAUCAAGCCCAGCUCUGAGCUGGGACAUGCUAUAUUUGAAGGGAAGCGAGUGAUCCUCAAUGUCAAUGCACAUGUGUACCCCAUAUCCAAGUCCGCAUUCUUGAACCUUGCCGAAUGCUUGGUUGUGCUGCAGCUUGGCCGGUGGAAUAAUCUUGAUGACAAGACAUACAUGGAGGUGGAUGGCCUGGAGUCACGGAAUGCCAUCGGCUUGCUCAAGAACCUCCGAUACCUUGGUCUCCGUGGGCUAUCACGGCUAACGGAGCUCCCAAAAGGGAUCGAGAGCCUUAAGAAACUUGUAAUCCUAGACAUGCGAGGCUGCCAAAACCUAGUCAAAGUGGUGGCAAGUGUCGUCAAACAAUUGAAACAGCUUACCCAUUUGGAUCUCACUGAGUGCUACAUGUUGGAGCACAUUGGCCAAGGAAUCACAUCCCUCACAGAGUUGCAGGUGUUCAAGGGCUUCGUGUUCGCAACUGGAACACAAGGGAACAAGGCAUGCCGAAUACAAGACCUCAGAAAGUUGAAGAAGCUCCAAAAGCUCACUGUUAGCAUCACCACUGAUGCUAAUGUAGGCAAGGGUGAGAUGGCAGAUCUUAAGUACCUCACUAGCCUUCGGAAACUCACAAUUACAUGGAGUGAGAUACCAAGCAUACUGGAGGGUGGCACGGAAAAGGUGAAGAAAAAGCGAGAGGAACUUGUUAAGAGAUGGACCAGCUUUCAGUUGCCAGAAGACCUCAUGAAACUGGACAUUCGGUGCUACCCCAAGUAUGAGCUACAACUUGAACGGCAUGAGAAGCUCGAGAAGCUCUACUUGAGAGGUGGAGACAUGAAAAAGUUUUCCACAAAGAAAUCAACCUCCAUAAAGACAUUACGUCUGAGGUAUCUCAAGAAGUUCACAAUGGAAUGGGAGGAUAUCUGUUCAGAAUUGCAGAAUAUUGAAUAUGUGGAAAUUGUGGUUAAUAAUAAGGAUGCAGCACAAGAAAAGGAUAAGAAUGUGGAUACCAAGAGUAUAGAGGAAGAGAUCAAGCGUGUGAUGAAGAUACCAAAUUUUACAUUGGAUGGGCAUGGGGUAUGGACGAAGGAUGAGAAGGAAGAGCGUAAAAAGUUGCCUGCACCUAAUAAAGAUGCCCUGAGAUUAGGUAGUAAAGAAGUUCAGGAAAAUGACAUGGGAAAGAACGAAGCAUCUGGACCAUCAGAACCAACUGAAGAUUCUCAUACAAAAGAUGCUAGCGCCAUCACAAGUGUUAAUAAGGAUGGCGACAAAGUUGCUCAAACAACAAACUAA